CUGAAUAUGUAUUAUUACAAAAAAGAAUGGUAACUUCAGUUCUCUACUCUUUAAAGAUCUGAUACUUCUUCUGAAUUGAAUUGAGUUCUGCCAUUAUUCACCAAUUUAGAUAUCAUAGACCCUUACUCUCAACAAAAGGUUUAAAUAAAGAAUCAUAAUGUGACUAUAUUUAGGUAAUUUUUCUGUAACAAUAGUUUCUCAAAUAAUAACAAUCUUUCAGAGCCAAUGUAGAAUUCACAGUCAUUUUUCAAAUAUUAAGCUCUUUAAAAUUGGGUGAACUCUCAGAAUUUAUCCUCAUUGCUUCUUUUAAAAUCCCAAAAUGUAAUAUGAAGAGUUAUAAAUAAUAAAAACUAGAAAUAAUUCAAAGAUAUAGCAAAAGGUCAGAUGUCAAGCAUACUUCCAGAAAUUUUGAUCGGACUAAAACCCUAUUUUAACGAAUAAGAGGAGCACCAAUAAAUCCUGAGUUUAGAUGCUUCGUUAAAUAUUAGUACUACCAGAAUAUCUCUGGCGGGACUAAUAUUUUAGAGCUGUUCAGUCAAAUUUUGUUUAAACAGACCUAUCAAAGCCAAGCAAAAGAAGUAUUAAUUCAAUAAGUGCUUAUUCUGAGGCUGGUUAGCAGUCUAUAACUAAAUGUUAAUUUAGUCAUGGUGAACAAUGAAAGAGUUUCUUAAGUUACUGUCUGCGAAUAAUAAGCUAAAUUCUCUUCUUUGAAAAUUUUAAGAGAGUUCAAUAGAUUUGAAUAUCAAAUCAUCAAAUAUCAUAUCCAAUUAGAGAGAAUGAGAAGUGAUGGCUUAAAUACUCAGAAAUACAAAUUUAGUGUUUAAAAUUUCAGGAAAAAGUUGACAAACCUGUUUUGAAUUAUCAAAGCUUGGAAGGAGUAAUCUCAAGAUGAAAUUAUUAUUACCCUUAGUAAAGAUAUAAUCCAGAGGAGUUAUGACACUUUGAGGCUGUUAAAAUGUCUCAACAAACAUUU